UUCUUGACCUCAAGCGAUCCAUGCUCCUCGGCCUCCCAGAGUGCUGGGAUUACAGGCAUGAGCUACCUGCCUGGCCUAUUCCCUUGAGCUUUUAAAAAGGGCCUUGGAUGGAGGAGGUGCACAUGCUCACCAAGCCCACAGAAUGCUUCAACCCUACCAACUUCCUGGACAGCGCUACCAACUUCCUGGACAACGCUACCAACUUCCUGGACAAGGGCAAGUUCCAGGGCAAUGACCCUUUCAUGCCCUUUGCCUCAGGUGCGGGCAGGGGAGGAAGGCGACCAGCCUGGACCGGCUCUGGGGUGCAUGGUGCUCACUAUGCACCCGUGUACCUGGGAAAGCAGAUGUGCCUGGGCGCAGGCCUGGCCCAGUUGGAGAUCUUCCUAUUCCUUACAGCCACCCUACAGAGGUUCCUGCUCCCUGUGGUAAACCCUGGCACCAUCAACCUCACCUGCAGUUCACUGGCCUGGGCAGUGUCCCCCCAGCCUUCCAGCUCCAGCUAGUGGCCUGCUGAGGUCAGGCUCCGCUGUAGUGGGCUCACUGGCCCUCAAACCUCCGCACCCUCCUUGGUCAAUAAAGGCCCUAAACUGCA